GUUCAGGAGGCCGGUGGGCCGGGCCGCGCGGCGCAGCCAUGCCAGGCUUUACGUGUUGCGUGCCGGGCUGCUACAACAACUCGCAUCGGGACAAGGCUCUCCAUUUCUACACGUUUCCCAAGGACGCUGAGCUGCGGCGCCUCUGGCUCAAGAACGUGUCUCGUGCCGGCGUCAGUGGAUGCUUCUCCACCUUCCAGCCCACCACGGGUCACCGUCUCUGCAGCGUCCACUUCCAGGGCGGCCGCAAGACCUACACGGUGCGCGCCCCACCAUCCACCACCUCCCAGUCAGCCACAGUCUCAGCAGCGCAGCAGCAGCAGCAGCAGCAGCAGCAGCAGCAGCAACAGCAGCAGCAGCAGCAACUGCAGCAUCCGCCGCCGCCGUCAGCCUCGACUGCCCAGACCGCCCAGCUGCAGCCGAACCUGGUGUCUGCUUCUGCGGCUGUGCUCCUCACUCUUCAGGCGGCUGUGGACAGCAGCCAGGCUCCUGGAUCCGUGCAGCAGGCACCCACUGCUCCCACCGGAGAUGAUGUGAAACCCAUCGAUCUGACGGUGCAAGUGGAGUUCGCGGCCGCAGAGGGCGCAGCCGCCGCAGCUGCCGCGUCGGAGCUAGAGGCUGCCACCGCCGGGCUGGAGGCUGCCGAGUGUCCGAUGGGCCCCCAGUUGGUGGUAGUAGGGGAAGAGGGCUUCCCUGAUACUGGCUCCGACCACUCGUACUCGUUGUCGUCAGGCACCACGGAGGAGGAGCUCCUGCGCAAGCUGAACGAGCAGCGGGACAUCCUGGCGCUGAUGGAGGUGAAGAUGAAGGAGAUGAAGGGCAGCAUCCGCCACCUGCGUCUCACCGAGGCCAAGCUGCGCGAAGAGCUCCGAGAGAAGGAUCGGCUGCUGGCCAUGUCUGUCAUCCGCAAGAAGCACGGGAUGUGAACGGGUUCCCCUGGGACUCCCCGGGCCCUGCCAGCCCAGGAGGCCUGCAGGCCGCCAUUGCGAACUCGCCUAUACUCCUGGGACACUGGUUGACUGUACUGAGGCUUAGGGCAGCUGGGCUGUUGCUGGUGACCUGACACCCUCUUGUUUCCUCUUGAAGUCUGGGACCUUGGACUCUGCUCUGGUCCAAGCAAUUAAUGACUUUGUCUCCCCCACAUCCCUAUCUCCAGUUCAUGUUGUGGGUUCUGGUUAAGCAGAGGCUUAGGAACCACUGAACUUGAAAUCCUUACCCCGUAGGGAUGCGGGUGGGAUGCCCAAGGACUAUGGGUUUGGGAAGACAACACCUUGUGGUUUGCCAGCAAUCAGAGACAACUCACUCUUGUGUGUAGUGAUAAGGGAGCCAAGUGACAUCCGUUCUCCUCUUCAUGCUUUUCUUUCCCAGGUGCAGCCUGUGAUUCUGAUGGGAACUGGCAGAUCUGUGCUUCUGCCUCCUAGGACCUCCCUCUCCAGGAGGCCAUCUACAAGGGGAUCUAGGUGACAUGCUGAUGGAGACCCAGCUUGCCAGGGACUUAGGUUUAUCUUGUUAUGUUUGCUACUGGUUACAAAUUCUAUUUUCUGUACAUUUAGUCAGACUAAAGUUUUCACUGUGUUUGUUUGGCAAAAUGAAUUAAACAGAAGGUAAGGUUUUUAUUUGGA